GUUUGCCACAGCUUCUUGCCGCCGUCCAUCGUUCUGCUCAAAGUUCGGUCGGUGGGGGACUCUCUACUUUCGGGAUUACUGCUUAUACGCAGUGAGGACGUACAGUAGCUCAGUCGCUCUUGCGUCGUCAGCCAAGAUGCAUGGGCCAACAACGGCCCUCAAACGCCCCCAAGAGAUUCCCCCAAAUUGGCGCGACUUCAGGCACCUCACUCUAUCCGAAGAGGAAGUCGACUCAGGGCUUCUUCGAUCCUUCGUUCGCACACAAGGUCAGGCUCGGCAUCGAACUUCCUGCUCUGGCAUUCGCGGCGUGCAUGGCUGUGGACGAAUGGAAUCUGGUGGAAUUGACAUUAUUGUCGAUUGCUGGAGUGCCCAGCAAGAUGUAGCUAAUGCAAUUUGGGAGCAGAAGGAAGAUAGUCGGUCGCAUACACAUCACCCCGAUGGACAGUCUCUCCGAUCUUCAGAAACGAUGUUACCGCGAGCGCCUCGAAUCUGAGGUAGCGACCUUAACUUACGUCCGCCUUUUCUGCUCGGACAUACUCACGCCCGUGGUAUGGGCCUGGAACGGCAGUGCUGAGAACGCUGUGGGAUCUCCGUAUGUCCAGCUGGACUACGUGGAAGGGGAGACCUUGGAAGAUGUGUGGCACAAUUGUUCGGGUCCCACGGAAAAGACGACCAUCCUCCAAGAGGUCGCAAAACAUCACGCGGCGCUCGCAAAAGCCGUCCUUCCUUUUCGGGGCUUCGGCGCGUUACGCUUCACGAGUGUGGUAGGAGAAGAGCGGCCAUUGAACGAUACCGACUUUCGAUUGGGGCCGUUUCUAUCUGAGGGCCGGCACUUCCAAGUUACCAAGUCACGUCAGCUUGUCUCGCCUCCUCCCACCGCCGCCCUCUCGCUUAGUGACCUCUGGCGAGACCUUCUGGUGGAAGAGCGCCGUAGCCAUUUGAUCUGUUGGGGCGCGGUCCCGGAAACAUCAGUAGUGCUUCCGAAAGACGACACAGACAGCUCCGUGAAUGUAGAUAUCGCCUGGAACGAUAUCCAGACUGCCAGCAAGUUGGUUGAGCGCCUCAUUUCGGCAACGAGGGUGCCCCCUUGGCUAUGUUCGCCAUGUUUCUCGAUUUCGGAUUAUGCGUUUAGAAACAUUAUCUACGAUCCCGCCUGCAAGAGACUUUCCGGCUACAUUGACUGGGAAGGCGUGUCCAUUCUUCCGCUCUUCAUGAUGGCGCGAGGCACGAUAUCCAGAGGACAUCGUGGCUUCGCUUGGGUGCCUCCAGAUGGCCAAACCUGCUCGCAAGAGAGUGGGCGGUCUCCGGAGUCCUGUUCAGGUGAUAGUCUCUACCGUGCUACAUUCCGCGAGGCUCUCUAUCGUUCGGACAAUCGCUUCGAUAUGUCGUUCUGGGAGAAAGCUCUGGCUUUACUGAAGAUCCACUACCUCUUCCUACAUGGUCUCAACGCCUGGUUCCCGCGGACCGAAUGGUUGCAGCGCAUCGUCGCCGAGGCGGAGCAGAAGCCCUGA